AUGCCCAUGCCCAUGCCCAACGAGAUCGGCACUCUACGAGCGCUGCCAAGUGGUGAAAGCUUUUUCGUGGGGAGCUCAUCCGGUGUCUUCUUCAUCAAUACCGUUCGACGGGCUUUCUCUCAUGCCGCCGCAACCGCAAAUCGUCACCGCACAACAACCGACGAUUCCCGUGCCAACAGACGUCCUGUAAGCCUGCCACCACCCGAAGACUGCAUUGUUGGGCCUGAGUCGCAUGUGGACGACAACUGGUCAAGCGUGACAGGACCUUCGCCAGAGGGUAAUCCAACACGGCCCAAAGCAACUGGCGACACGUCUUGGUUUCUGGACAAGAUUGAGAACCUCGGAGAGCUGCCGGAUCAAGCCGUCGCCAAAGAGCUCUUGAUCACAUAUUUCCGGACAUGGCACCCUCUUCUUCCAUUUCUACACGGUCCGACCUGCUUAGAAGAGCUGGAAACACUAUAUGCCCGCGGACAAGCGACCAAGUCCAACUCGCUGAGCACUGCCAUCAUGUUUCAAUGCCUAUUCAAUAUUGCCAAGCUCGAUCGGCCCGACUUACCUGCGCUGGGACAGUCACAGAUUCGUUCCGGGGAGCAGUUGAUGCUAGCAUUGGGCAUCGCCUCUCUCAAAUGCGACUUGGGUUCUAUACACGCGCUGCUGGCCGCUCAGUUGUACUUUGUCGCAACUAUGGACCUACGCGCCGCGUCAACAACCGGUGGUUUGGUCUUACGGUCCAUCUUCAAGUCAGGCCUACAUCGUUGUCCCUUUCGGUACUCGCACCUCAUGACCAGCGACCGCGAUAUGAGAAAACGAGUGUUUUGGAGUGCAUAUACCCUAGAUCGCUAUGUCAGUCAAUCCUUAGGGCAUCCUCUCGGCAUCCAAGACUCGGAUUUUGACGUUUGCCCACCGGGGAAAGGUGACCUUCACCAACCAGUGCGCCCCCUCAAUGGCACGGAUGAAGGCACAUCCCCGAAGGAGUUCAUCUUGCACUUACCAGCAAAUCAUCCAGGACGACAGAAUACAUCACCGCCGAACAGUUCCGCCAGCCUUCAAAACGAGAGCAGAGAAAGCUCAGUACAUGUGGGUGAAGAAGAGCAGCAAGCCGAGUUGCAGGAGGCCAAUACAGUCGGGGCGGAAUUCGUCUCACAGCGGCGCCGAGAGAACCAAUCCGUCCAAGCACAGUUUGUACGAUAUUCUCAGUUGGUAGGACGCAUGGUAGAGAUGUUUCACAAAUCCAUCCACGUCCGUUCUGCCAGUCGACAGAACAUUCUCUUCUUGAAAGCCGACAUAGACGCCUGGGGAAAUGAUCUGCCGUAUCCCUCUACGACGCUUUUUGCGCAGGUCAAUGAUUCAGAACCGCAAUCAGUCACGCUCAAUCAAGACGUUUUCUUUUGGGUUGCUCGCCAGCAACUGCUGCUUCUUGUCAACAGACCGUCGCUCUCCUUGGAACCAACGUCGGGCGAGUUUCGUCAUGCUGCGCAGAUCUGCAUUGGAGCAGCAAGAUCGAUCAUCCGGACACUGAAAUCGCACAUCAACUCCGGAGGGGCCCUUUUCUGGCCUGGUUUCAUGUCCGCUGUGUGGAUGAGCGGCCUCGUUAUGGCAUUUGCCUGCCAGUUGAAGCUACACAGCAUAUCAAAUGCGAUCAUGUAA